AUGGGGUUUGUAAAAGUUGUAAAGAGCAAGGCCUAUUUCAAGAGGUACCAGGUCAAGUUUCGUCGAAGGAGAGAGGGGAAAACUGAUUACUAUGCUCGCAAACGGUUGGUGAUUCAGGACAAAAACAAGUACAACACUCCCAAGUAUCGGAUGAUUGUACGCAUCACCAACAGAGAUAUCAUAUGCCAGGUUGCUUAUGCCAGGAUUGAAGGAGAUAUGAUUGUUUGUGCCGCCUACUCCCAUGAACUCCCCAAGUAUGGUGUGAAGGUUGGACUGACCAACUAUGCUGCCUCCUAUUGCACAGGCCUGCUGCUAGCACGGAGGAUUCUCCACAAGUUUAGCCUGGACAAAGUCUACGAAGGCCAAGUAGAAGUUACGGGUGAUGAAUACAACGUGGAGAGCAUUGAUGGACAACCUGGUGCCUUUACUUGCUAUUUGGAUGCUGGACUUGCCAGAACCACUACUGGAAACAAAGUUUUUGGAGCCCUUAAGGGAGCAGUGGAUGGAGGAUUAUCUAUUCCCCAUAGCACAAAGCGGUUCCCUGGUUAUGACUGUGAAAGUAAAGAAUUUAAUGCUGAAGUCCACCGUAAGCACAUCCUAGGCCAAAAUGUUGCAGACUACAUCCGUUACUUGAUGGAAGAAGACGAGGAUGCAUAUAAAAAACAAUUUUCACAGUAUAUCAAGAACAAUGUGGCACCUGACCAGAUGGAAGACAUUUACAAAAAAGCCCAUGCUGCUAUACGAGAGAAUCCAGUCCAUGAGAAGAAACCAGCGAAGGAAGUUAAAAAGAAGAGGUGGAAUCGUGCUAAAUUGUCUCUGGCUCAGAAAAAUGACCGUGUGGCUCAGAAGAAAGCUAGCUUCCUGCGAGCACAGCAGCAAGCUGCAGAUAGCUAA